UCUCAAGGCAGUCAUGGAGAGGCUCUUCUGGGUCAUUGUCCAGAAGGAGAGUUGCUGGAUUCAGAGCUGUAGUCUUAAGAAACUUUAUUUGGGGCUGCUCUCAAAGUAAAGCCUGGUAUUGAGUGAUGCAGGCGUUGGUGAGCCAAUGCUCGGAUGCACUUCUAAGGAGAGUUUGCACAGAGUGAGGUGCUACCAGGCUUAUAUUUUGCCCUAGAGUUAGUUUGUCUGCUUCCUUCACCAAUAAAGCGGUUGGGGCUAUAGCCUGGAGACAAGUUGGCCAUCUGGAGGCUACACUAUCCAAUCUCUUAGAGAGAUAGGCCACAGGCCUCUUCCAUGGACCCAGUGUCUGGCCUGAAAACUGGAUUUUUAAAAUGGAAGCCAGAUUAUGACAGUGCUGCUUCUGAAUAUGGAAAAGCAGCUGUUGCUUUUAAAAAUGCCAAACAGUUUGAACAAGCAAAAGAUGCCUGCCUGAGGGAAGCUGUUGCCCAUGAAAAUAAUAGGGCUCUUUUUCAUGCUGCCAAAGCUUAUGAGCAAGCUGGCAUGAUGUUGAAGGAGAUGCAGAAACUGCCAGAGGCUGUUCAGCUGAUUGAGAAAGCCAGCAUGAUGUACCUAGAGAAUGGCACCCCAGACACAGCGGCCAUGGCAUUGGAGCGAGCCGGAAAGCUUAUAGAAAAUGUAGAUCCAGAAAAGGCUGUACAGUUAUAUCAACAGACAGCUAAUGUGUUUGAGAAUGAGGAACGCUUACGACAGGCAGUUGAAUUACUGGGAAAAGCCUCCAGACUGCUGGUACGAGGACGCAGGUUUGAUGAGGCGGCACUCUCUAUUCAGAAAGAAAAAAAUAUUUAUAAGGAAAUUGAGAAUUAUCCAACUUGUUAUAAGAAAACAAUCGCUCAAGUCUUAGUUCAUCUCCACAGAAAUGACUACGUGGCUGCAGAAAGAUGUGUCCGGGAGAGCUACAGCAUACCAGGGUUCAAUGGCAGUGAAGAUUGUGCUGCACUUGAACAGCUUCUCGAAGGAUAUGACCAGCAAGAUCAAGAUCAGGUGUCAGAGGUCUGCAACUCGCCACUUUUCAAGUACAUGGACAAUGAUUAUGCAAAGCUGGGCCUGAGUUUGGUGGUUCCAGGAGGCGGAAUCAAGAAGAAAUCACCUGCAACACCGCAGGCAAAGCCUGAUGGCGUCAUCACUACAGCUGCUGAUGAAGAGGAAGAUGAAUAUUCAGGAGGACUAUGCUAGUAUUUUGCUUGCAGAAAAGAAAGGGAAAAUCCUCAUGCCGUUUCAUGGAUUUGGGACUUGUUUAAGGUUAUCCAUACUUCCUUGCAGUUAUGAUUCUGAAUGCUAAUAAAGAAAAAUUUUUAGUUACCACUUCCCCAAAUCACCCAUUGUAUCUACUCCCCGUGAAGCUUAUUUUUUUCUCUUUCCAUGGUAAGAGCUUUUCUAAGACACCAGCAGAAUUAACGGAAAAUGUACUGUCACAUUUUAAUGCAGUUGAUUUUAAAAUUUGCAGGCCAAAUUCUAGACAAGUUAUGUUCUAGAAGGGGGAAUAGGCAUAGAUGUUAUUCUUCUCAGGCUCUUGUAAUUUAUUGUUAGAUAAUUUUCUUUCUUUGCAUUUUAUUUAAUGCUGCUAAAAGUGAAGUUUACUAGGUAAAAAAAAAAAGAUUAAAACUUUAUUUUGUUUUGGAAAGGAAAUUUAUCCCCCAUUGAAAUUAUUAAGUGUUUUCAGAGACCAGAUUGGGACAGAAAGCUGUUUUGAGCCUUAAAAUAUUAUUUAGUCCAAUAAAAGAUUCAUUUAAGCAAUUGAACUCUUAUAUCUGAGUUUGCAAAGUUUUGAAGGUAGUACAUUAAAAUGGUUCUGUAAAUGUCUUCAGUGCUCUCUUAACUAUGGGCGUUUCUUCCAUCUAGAAAAUACACAGUGACUAUCUCCAAACCUACUUGGUUUUUGACCAAAUGGUAGCUAAUGAAGACUUUUUUUAUUCCUUCUAAAAAAAGAGGUAAUGUUUCCAUCAAUCUAGUACAUAUACAUUUCUUCCCUCCAAAAUAAUUUCUGAUGUAUUUAGAGUUGCAGCUAGACCAUAACUUUAACAUGUGAAAUGUUGUAUACUACAAAAAUUUAGAUGAAAGGGAAGAAUUGUUUUAGAAAGACAUACAUUUAAAACACUGUGCUGUCAGUAUUUUAACCAUUCAUAGUUAUUUCCUAAAGUGUUAUUUCUGAAGGAUUCCUUUUUCACCCUCUGUGGCUUAGACCCAUUUUAUAAUCUGUUCAUUGGAAAGAGGCUACAAACACCAGCAGUAUGCAUUCUGCAGGUACAUGCUACCCACAGUAGUUUCCUGUUUAUUCAUGCCCUGUCUCUCUCUCUUUUACUCUUAUAUCUUGUUUGAGUAUGUAUGCUUAGUUUUAGACUUCCUGAAAACACUAAGGUAGAUAUCUUAAGUGAUUUUAGUCACAGUUCUGCAGAGAGCUUAGACAGAAUAACAUCCAUUUUUGGCAGGUGUGCUUGGUGGGUGGGUGUUAGUAGGUCUAAUACAAAAUACUAAUAAAUUUAAUGUUUUGAUUCCUUGUUACCUGCAUAGUUGUGCAAGUAGCAGCUCAGUUUCAUUAGUUGUUUGAGGUGUGAACCAAGAGCAAUCUGAAUAAAGCUAUAUUUAGACAAUAAAGCUGCAUUUAAAGACA